AGAGCAGGGAAGGUAAACAAAUUCAGUGUGAUUUCAGUGUUGUGUCAAAUGAACUAUCACUAUCUGUAUUUCAGUGUUCGUUGUCGUCGCGUUCUGUGGAGUUUCCUUGUACCAGUAUAUGAAUGUCUUCACGACCUCAAGGGGAAAGAUACUUCGUGGGAUAUGUGAACCGGCGACUCACCGUGACACCGUGAAGGAAGAAUCUCGUUUGUUGUCCAUGCAAGAAAAGCAUCUGGUGUCUUCCACUUUCUUCGCAGACAAUCUCAAGAUGUCGAAUACUAUAUUUCAACAAAAGAUAGCCGCCUUGAAGAAACACAAGUUAUGGGCUCAACUGGAUCCCAUUUCCAACUGUACCGGACGUGAAAAAGGACCACAGUUAUGUGACGACACAGGAAGGUGUUCUACAUCGCUUCCGGCUGCUGACAGCAUGGAUAAUAUUAAAAGUAUCCUUACGCCAUUGACGAAAAUCAAGGAUGGUGCCCUGGAGAUGUUGAAGGACAUGUUUGGAGCUCCAUCUGUUAAAGUGAAGUAUGUGUUCCUGACGGCGGCUUCAGCAAAUCACUUCACUGAGUCUCAAGCCAUGAUAGAAACACUGAGCAACAACAUUCUGCCCAGUUUGAAGAACUACUCAUUCUAUUAUUACGACAUGGGGUUAAAGAAGAAUCAAGUUGAACUUCUGCAAAACUUCAGCAAGGCAGAGGUGAUAAAAUUCCCUUUUCAUCGUCUGCCACACCGGUUUGCCAACCUGCGGUGUUAUACAUGGAAGCCGCUGAUACUACAAGCUCAUUUUGACUCAGCAGAACAUGUCAUUUGGAUGGAUUCGUCUGUUCUGUUCACGACAAAUAAUACACAAGCAAUGUUCCAGAGACUUAAGUUGACAGGAGUUAUAAUGUCCACCGAAAAAUUCCCAUUUGCUCAGCACACCUCGAUGCAUUUGUUUUCCUACUUCAAUAGUGAUCCAUGUCACUACUCCAUGUACCAAGAAAAUGAGGCAAACUUCAUACUUCUUCAUAAUCAACCAUUUGUGCGAAAACUUAUCAUGGACCCUUGGGUAGCAUGUGCGGUGGAUCCGAAUUGUAUGUGUCAUUACGGAGCAGAAAAACUCUUCCGGUGCCCCACCCAUACACGGAAAUAUGGGAAAUGUCAUCGUUAUGACCAGUCAACUAUUGGUCUGAUUCUCCUGAAAUUAUUCAGAAGGAACAUAGCGACAAUUCUGGCCCCAAAAGGUAAAUACGCCCGCAUAUCAAGAUCGAAGGAAAGCGGGCAUCGGUACCUUGAAGAACUGUACAAUAAAACAAGGACAAGCUUAUAGAUGAACAUAUACGUU